AUGCAACAAAAUACAAACAUUGAAUGUAAAGAUUGUCAUCGUAAAGAUAUUUCAUUAAAGCCAUUUAGAACUGGAUAUAUUUGUCGAGAAUGUUUUGAAAUAUUACAUUAUAAGAAAUUUAAAUAUUAUUUAAAUGGAGCAUUAAAACGUAAUGACCAAAUAACGUUUUAUAUAAUAAAUGAUCAUACAUUAACAUAUGAAUAUACAAUUAAAUUAUUAAACAUGUUUAUUGAAGAAGAUAAACAAAGAAAAGUACCAUUAUAUAAUUGUGAAAUUUGUUGUAUAGAUCAAAAUGAAAUAAAAGACCUUCCAUAUCAUUUAUAUGAAAGAUAUAUAAUUUUUAAAAGUAAAUCAAAUAAAAAAAGAAAACACGUUUGGGUGGAUGGAUCAAAUAUGACAUUAAAAGCUGGAAGAAUUUUAGCUGCAGUUAUUGAAGGUGAUGUAAAAAUGGUUCCUUCAAUUGGUAAAUACGAGUAUUAUUAUAAAGACCUUAUUGUAUCAAGACCAGUUGAUUUUACUGAAAAAGAAGUACUUGAGUAUUUGAAUUAUUCUGAUAAAAUACCUCGUUCUCUUAAUGAAACUUUAGAAAUGAGAGCACAACAAUUUGUUGAUGAUUUAGAAAUAGAAUUUGACCAAACUCCAAAUACUAUUAUUUCAACUGCUCAAAAAAUUGAAGAAGGUUCAAAUAAUUUUCAAUGUAGAUAUUGUUUAAAACCUUAUCAACCAUUUUUAAAUGAUUGUGAAAAAGGAAUUUGUAGAACAUGUAAUGAAAUGAAAUUAACUGAUGAUAUAAUAACUCAAUUUCCAAUAAAUGAUUAA